AUGGAGCAAGCAAACUCCUCGCAGCCUCCCUCCUCUUCCUCGUCCUCUUCCUCAAAUCUAGAGCCUCGCUCCGAUGCGCCCAUCGCGACACACGACCCGCAACGGCAGGAAAACGGACAGGAGCAGUCUCCAUCUGAUGCUCAUCAUGCAUCCACCUCGAACGUCGCCGAGCAGCCACCUCCAGCAUCUUCGAUUCCCUCGUCCUCGUCGCCUUCUGCACAGCGUCGGGCAGGCUCAGCCGACCAGUUCCAGCAGCACUCGAACGACAAUGCUACGGCCUCUGCCGCAACCUCGUCGGAUCCGGCCCCCACGCUCUGGGAGAACUUCAUGGCCAGCCUGCGAAACGUCGUUCAUCGCAACCCCUCCCAGCCUUCAAACGACGCGCAGCCGGAGUCCCAUCCCGACCAACCUCAGAUUCCUCGCUCGGCACCCGCUCCGGCAAGUCGGCAAGCGCAGAACCAAAAUGAGGCGACCAACCGCUCAGAUACUGGUGUAGACACCGAUGACAGCGGACUGCCCCGCCCACCUCUCUUCUUCAGGCUGCCUUUCAACGGCCCCGACGGCAAUCCAGCCCUCCUGGCUUUCCAUCCGCAGCCUCUCCCCAACCGCAACUCGCAGUCCACCAACGCGCAAAGCCAGUCAGACACUCCUGCACGCCCUUCAACGUCCAGCGCCUCGUCAGACCCGCAGACAUCGCCAACCUCUGGCUCCACCUCGUCUCCCUCCGAUCGUCCAGGGGCCAACGCAGACGCAGGCACCCACUCUGCGCCUACGCCUCCCAACGCACAUCCGCAUCCUGCAGGUCACGUUCCCGUCUCCCCUCUCUAUGUCCCCUUUGGCGCCUCGCCCUUGCCCUUCUCAUUCAUCUACGACGCCAACACCCAGACCGCUUGGCCCAUCGCUCAAGUUACGCCAGGCUCCCCUCCAGGCGGUCCUUCGCCCGACGCUCCCCAAUCCCAUCAACCUCGUCUCGUCGCCGGUCCGCCGUUCCGCAUCAUCCUCGACAUCCACUUCGCGCCCGCCCCCGAGCCCGAACAGCCCGACCCCCAAAAGGCCGCAGCUUACGUCAAGCAGCUCGAACGCGCCGACGCAGAGCUGCGCUCCCGCAUGGCCAGGCUCGGCAUCGGUAGCAUCGGAGGCUUCGCCACCGCUUCCGGCUCCGACGACCAGGACGCUCUCCUCGGCUGCGGCGUCUGUCUGGACAGCUACGAGGCUGAAGACCGCCCAGAGUGGAUCGAUGGCCCCAGGAGCCAGGACGAGGCUGUCGUCGCCGUCCCCUGCACCGGACACCACACCCUUCAUGCAGGAUGCUUGCGCGACUGGCUCAGCAAGCUACCACCCUCGCAGUGGACAUGCCCCUUCUGCCGCGCUAGCCUCAGUGCCCGUCCAGACACCACGCAGUCUCCACCGUCGCACACCGCCGCACACAAGUCCACCUCUGCCACCACACCUCCCGUGCACACCAGCCUUCGCGACGAGGUGCGUGCACGCGAAAGGCAACGCGGAUGGCGAUGCGAUGCACCCGCAUGCUUACCCCGCUACCCGAACGAGUCUCGCGUCGACGACGCCCAUCUCGAGCUUCCACAGACGAGCGACGACAUGACUACCGAUCUCGUCAAGCUCUCGCCCUGCCGCCACGAAGUCCAUCUCGACUGUCUCUGCACCAGCAUGCGCAUCGAGAAUCCCAAUUGCACCAGCGACGGCCUCGACAUCUUCGUCAGCGACGGUGAAGAAGACGAAGAAGCAGACGACUCUCAAAAUGCUCUGCAACAGGUCGCACCGUCGUUGGCUGACCCAAACCCUGGCCUGCACAAGGAUACGGUCGGGAAGUGGGUCUCCUGUCCCACGUGUCGAAAGGAGGUAUGGGCUCAACUCCCUCUCCGUCGCAAGCCUCACCGGCCUAGAGCCGGAAUCGAGUCCCAGCUCCCCGUGACGGCACACAAGACGGAAUCCGCGACGUCGUCCUUGCACGAGCCGCACGCAAGCACAAACACAAACAACGAUUUCAGCGCUUCUGUCGACCGCUUCGAGGAAUUCGCUGUGGACGCCAUGCUCCACCCCUCAACCUGA